CUGCAAGCUAUAUUUUCCAUCCUGCUGCAACUGCAGCUCACUCCGGCUAAGCUCUCCAACUGAUUGAGUCUGUGAACAGGUGAGGGAGGGACACUGUCUGCCCCACUGUCCAGCGACACCAUGAGCUGGAGCUUCCUCACGCGGCUGCUGGAGGAGAUCCACAACCACUCCACCUUCGUGGGGAAGCUGUGGCUCACCGUGCUCAUCGUCUUCCGCAUUGUCCUCACUGCCGUUGGGGGAGAGUCCAUCUACUAUGACGAACAGAGCAAAUUUGUCUGCAACUCUGGCCAGCCGGGCUGCGAGAAUGUCUGUUACGACGCCUUUGCCCCUCUAUCUCAUGUUCGCUUUUGGGUCUUCCAGAUUAUAUUGGUUGCUAUGCCUUCUCUCAUGUACAUGGGCUAUGCUGUCAACAAAAUUGCACGAUUGGAUGAGGCCAAAGGAGGAAGUGGCUCUGCUGCAGUUAGAACAGGAGGAGGGGGAUACACGCACAGGAAGCCCAGGAAAAUUUUCUUUGGAGCACAGCAGCACCGGGGCAUCGAGGAGGCGGAGGAUGACCAAGAGGACGAUCCCAUGAUUUAUGAGGUGCCAGAGAUCGAGCCGCCAAAAAGGCUGCGGGAUCCAUUGCAGCCAACACCCAGGCCCAAAAUUCGCCAUGAUGGGCGAAAACGUAUAAGAGAUGAAGGGCUGAUGAGGGUUUAUGUUUUGCAACUGGUGAUUCGUACACUGCUAGAAACAGGCUUCCUUGCAGGGCAGUAUUUGCUGUAUGGGUUCCGUGUGAAGCCUGUAUUUGUGUGCUCGGGGAAACCUUGUCCCCACAGCGUUGACUGCUUUGUCUCGCGGCCUACAGAGAAGACCAUCUUUCUGCGCAUUAUGUAUGGUGUCACUGUCCUUUGUCUCACGCUCAAUAUCUGGGAGAUGCUGCAUUUGGGGAUUGGUACCAUCUGUGAUAUUCUCCGCCGUCGGCGCUGCCCACCUCAGGAGGAUGAGUACCAGUUGGGAUUGCUGGGCACCAAUGGAGGUGUGGAGGGUCCAGUAGGGGGGACAGGGCCUGAGGCAGGCUCUGAGGGAGGGUUGGGUGGAGAUGGUCCUGCAGAUUAUGUUGGUUACCCCUUUUCUUGGAAUACCCCAUCAGCUCCACCUGGCUACAACAUUGUGGUCAAACCAGAACAGAUGCCAUACACAGACCUUAGCAACGCUAAAAUGGCAUGCAAGCAAAACCGGGCAAACAUUGCCCAGGAAGAGCAGCAGCAAUUUGGUAGCAAUGAGGAUAACUUUCCUACUGGAGGGGAGGCCCGCGUUGCGUUGAACAAAGACAUGAUCCAGCAAGCUCAUGAGCAACUGGAGGCAGCUAUCCAGGCAUACAGUCAGCAGCACCGGGCAGAGGAGCAGCUUGGGGACAACCAGGAUGACAAGCCCCAAAGUAAUAUCAUACAGGCACAGCCUCAGCCUCAGCCACAUAAAGAGAGAAAGCAUAGAUUCAAGCAUGGGAAAGGAGGCAGCAGUGGAGGAUGCAGUAGCAGCAACAGCAGCAGCAGCAAAUCGGGAGAGGGCAAGCCCUCUGUAUGGAUUUAAUCCCUGAAACAUGACAUGUAUGGAGAUCCUGCAUAUUUAAAUUACUGGAUUACAGGUUGUUGAAAUUUGUUUGGGAUAAUUAAACACCACAGUGCCUUUAAGAAUCCUGCAAGCUGGAGAAGAAGUGUGUUUGUGUGGAAGAAGAUGUGAUUUUGCAGCUGACAAUUAGAUUUGUCUGGGCUAUCACUGUUUAACUUGAAACAUCACACCAACGCAAACUAUAUACACAACGUGUCGUUAACAUGUUUUAUUCUCGUCAAGACCUGAAGCAUCUUAUUGUCCGUUGUCUUCCCGUUCAUCCUUUCUUAGGGAUUUGAAAUUACUGAAUGAUAACGAGUUUUCUUGCAAAUCAGAUUGAUCCCAGAUUUGGCUGAGCACCAUUCUUUGCCACUCCUCUGCAAAGACAGUCUCAAUAUUUACAUUGGCAUCCUUAUUCUUCUGGAAAUCUAAAUAAAUGAUCAUAAUAAUACGAUGCAAUGUCAUCCCUACAUUCCGGCAAGUUUUAGCAAAGAUAGGGUACUGUUUAACAAGAACCACAACAACGUAAACGCAAUCAAAUGAUGUUCAGUAACAGCGCCUAUGGCAGUGACUUUAUAAUGCAGUGAGAAAUUCACCUUCCUGAAGGUGUCAUAUGUGUCUGAUGUGUUUAUAUUAUGUACCCUGUUAUUUGUUUGUUCAUUUGAAAACUGCUACACAAGCUGCUGCUUUUAAACCGAUGAGUACAGCAGGUUUUUCAUGCAGUCUACAUCUGAAACGUCCUGUGAUUUAUUUUAGAAGGCUCAUAAUCAAUCCCUUUUCCAUACCUUACUUUUCAACUCCUCAGUUUCUCUCUAAGGCUCUUCAUGGCUAUUGAACAAGGCUGCUCAGCACUCCACUGCUGUCUCAUCUGCCUUGUAGUUGUGUGCCCCCUGGUGGUAUCUUCUUCUGGCAACAUUUAUGGGGAGUAGAUACUAGAUGCCAUUGUUACCUGCAUCCAGCAACAUCUUAACCAGCUGUAGUGUUCCUUUUCUAUUCAAAAGCAUUGUGUCUGAUAAUAAGUGUUCUCAGCGCUACAGUGUUCGAUACACAAGGCUGCAAUAUCACAACGUUGAAAUGGAAAAGGUUUAAAGCCAUUACUAUGAUAUAGUGAGACCAAACACUGUUAGUGUGAUGCAAGUGUCAGUGCCAAGAUAUUAUGCUAUGCUGCCAAGAGCAUGGAUAUUUGUAGCUUUGGAAUACGGUGGCCAACACUUUUGUAAACGUCAGUUGUUUUUUGUAUAGGUGUGUUUAUUCAUUUUCCGGAAUGGGAUUUAAAACGAAAAAACAAACCCCAAAAUAGGAUUUGAUUUUUAUGCUUGAUCAAGUAUUUGUUUAUGAAAACAUUCUUUUUUUCAAAAAUGUUUGUAAAAUAAAGAAAAAGGUAAGCCAGUUAUUUUACCAAGUUGUAUAGGUAUUUAGGUGUAUUAAAUUGCCUUCAAAUUGUAAAAAAAAUUGAAAUAUGACAUAGUAUAUUUUUAUAAUAUGUCGGAUACAGUGACUUAUUAUCGUAAAGAAAAAAAGCCAGACUUUUCCCUGUAUGUAACAGUAUCAGUAUUUAAUGUAUUUUAAUAAACAGUGUUACUUUUUUUCCAAUGUUGUUCUGAAAUCUGCUCCACAGCUGUUUGUGGAGACAAACUGGCUGAUGUCGCCAGUUGGGAAGAAGACAUGAAGUGCCAAAUUAUUCAAACCAUUCCAAGAUGCGGCUGCAUAUGAACAAGCCACAGUUCAUUUUAUGAAGAAAUUGGGAAGGGGAUGAAUCUGAAAAUCUAGCACAUUAUGAUCUUUAUUUAAUAAAUCUUAUGUGAAGGAUCUGAGACUUUCCCAGCAACUAUUGACUUGUAACUAACUGAACAAACCAUCGACAUGCAAAGUUGUGAGGAAAGACAUGUGAUGUGGCUUCCUUUAGAUAAAUACAAAGCACAAUACAACAGGAUGCUCAAGUAGAAUGAGUGUUCCUAAUUGGUUGGUUUUCCUAUUGGCGCCACUUAUCCGUUCAACAAAACGGCACAGACAAGAUUCUUGACUAAACUUUUUACCUUGUUUUGUUGAAGAGAAAAAACUCAACAUGGAUAACAGGUAGCUGGUGAGGCUUUGCAGUUGGAGCCAGUAGGAUCCCCUGCCUUCCUUUCAAAGAAGGGAGCCCUUUGGAAAGUAUAGGAAGGGCAUUUUAAGGGAGGUGCCUUGAAGUUACCUAAAGCCCCAUCUGCUCAAGCUUUUUGGCAGCUUUUUAAGGUUAUUUGGUUAGGACUUGCCUGUUUUUAAGUGAAAAUAAUAGAAUUCAAGCAGCCAUCUUGGUCAAAUGGAUUACCCUGUGCUAGAGUUAAGUGUAUAAUAGUGUUGUCCUGUUGUCUUUGUGCAUUGAGUGACUGAGACAGAAAGUGAAUAAGAUACAAAGUAAAAAGUUUGCUCGCUGGACAGAAAUGGCUUUUCAUUUAUUUGUAUAACGGUUUUUAAUCUCCUCUGAAUAUUGUCACUGUCCUGUGAAAACCAGGUGUCUUCGAAAUGUCACUUCGGUUUAUUUAAAAAAUCCCUUCAAGCAAACACAUCAAACCAAGGAUAACGGUGCUCUUUUUAAUUUAGUGCUGAUAGUCUAUCAUAAGUGUCUCUUCUUUGUUUUGUGCAUUUGGGAGAUACUAUUAUAAGAGUGUGGGCCUAUUAGGAAGGAUUUCUUUUCUCAACUCAUAAUGAGCAUCUAAUAUCCAUUUUAGCAGUCCAACAUGCCCAUGUUGGUUUAUUUCAGGACAUUUUCAUUCUUGAUUCUUCAAGGAUUUUCAGCUAAAAUGUAAAAAAGGUACUGACAGUGUGCAGGAAUUUAACUUUUUAUUUGACAUGUUAACAAGAUAAUACUUAUCUCCCCCAAUUUCCUUUGUUUUACAUGGUCACAAUAUGCAAUUGAGAACCUUGUAAAUGAAAAUGAAAAUGAAAUGAUCCCUCAUGCCUGGAGCUGAAGGAGUUAUAAGGGAAAUAAUGUCACAAUGUUAUUGUAUCAGAAGUAAUUUGUGGUUCUAUUUAUCAGGGAUACCAUAAUGUCCAACCUCAGCAUCUGACUGUCAAUGUAAAAUAAUGUCUGUGUUCAGAAAAAAAGGACUUUAGUGUUUCCCUACAUGUUUCUUAUAGUCACCCAUGUGGGCUGUUGCAAUAAAUUUAGUUGUAUUACCAGUACAAACUAAUUCUUACAUGCAUUUGUGUGUUUGUGUUUUUAUAUGCCUUUUGUAAACUGUGUAUUUCUUUAUGUACUAUUCUGGUGUCCACUGGGAAAUCUUUUUUUUCAGAAUCUUUGAUGAACACAUUUGCAUGUGAAAAUACCUAUUUUCUUACAAAAUAAA